GUUGGGUUGGGAUGUUCGUUAGAUUUUUUUGGGCGGUAGCAAUGGAUCCUCCAUAAUUGCGCUCCCUUUUUCUUUGUUUUAAAUUUCUGUAGCAGAUCCGAUUUACUUUAACUACGUCGCUGAUCCAUCUGAACAACUUCAUUUGAAGAAAACGGUGAAACGACCAAGGAUCUUCGCUGGCUUUGUAAAUGGCGUUCAAAGAUCUGACAUAUGGAUACAGAUGGUGCUUUUCAAGAAUCAGCGAGCCCCUCUUGUUCGGUCGAUAAUAACUACUGUACAGGAGUUUUUGAAUGCAAUAUUUGCUUUGAUUUAGCUCAAGACCCCAUUGUCACACUCUGUGGCCACCUCUAUUGUUGGCCAUGCCUCUACAAAUGGCUGCAGUUUCAUUCUCACUCCCAUGAAUGCCCUGUUUGCAAAUCCCUUGUAAAAGAUGACAACUUGGUCCCUAUUUAUGGAAGGGGUACAUCAAACUCGGACCUCAGGGCUUGUUCUUUAUCUAGAGACAAAAUUCCUAGCCGCCCGGCUAGCCACAGACCCCAAACGGCUCCAGCACCACAAUUAUCCUAUUUCCGACAAGAUGGGCUUGGUGCACAAGGGGGUUUGGUGCCAAUGGCAACUGCAAGGCUGGGGAACUUAACUAGGACUGCUCUUUUUGGCGCCAUUCCGUCACUUCUGAACUUUCAGGUUCAUGGAUUUCACGAUGCAACUACAUAUGGACCAACUAUUGGAGUUCCGUAUUUGUUUUCAUCUUAUGGUCAUGGAGGCUACGCACAUGGCUUUCAUCACUACCCGAUUCAUGGGCAAGGAGCUAAUUCGGUUUUCCAGAAGAUAUGUUUCUUGUUCCUUGGUCUUCUUGUUGUUGUUAUGCUUAUUUCGUCUUCACCAUUCUAAAUCUUGUUUAGAUUCUUAAAUUACUAUGCAUUUUGUAUCAAGUCAGUGUCUUGAACCAGUGUAUACAAGACAUUUUAUCCCCUAUACAACCAUA